AUGGAGAAUCUAGCAUUUUUAGCAUUAACUUGUGUUUACCUUGUAACAGCUAAUUGCUGCUUGGCCAUGAAUAUCAGAACUGAUCAAUCUUCUCUUCUUGCCUUGAAAUCCCACAUUACUUCAGAUCCUAAUCACAUUCUUUCAACAAACUGGUCUUCUUCUACCUCUGUUUGUGAUUGGAUUGGAAUCACUUGUAGCUCUCGUCAUAAACGAGUGAUUGCACUGAGAAUUUCAGACACGGAGAUUACUGGUACCAUCCCACCACAACUUGGCAAUCUCUCUUAUCUUGUUUCACUUGAUCUAAGCUACAACAAUUUCCACGGUGAACUUCCACCGGAGUUGCUUCAUUUGCCAAAGUUGAGAGAAAUUGAUCUUGGUUACAGCAACUUCACCGGAGAAAUUCCAAUAGGAAUAACCAUUCUUCCCAGCUUGAAAUUGUUCGCCAUGGGAUUCAAUGAAUUACUCAAUGGCUCCAAUGUGCUUUCAAGAGACAACAUCUCAACACUUGAAAUUUUGGAUUUCCCAGGAGCUGGUUUAACAGGUGAUUUCCUUUCUGAUUUAUGUCGUCGCCUUCCCAGAUUGCAAAAUCUUGGACUUGGAAACAACAUGUUAAGCGGAGAGAUACCAAGAAACAUAUCUGAAUGCUCGCAAAUUCAAGUCUUAUUUUUGUCUCAAAAUAACUUUGUUGGGACAAUUCCAAGAGAAUUAGCCUUGACAGGCACAAUUCUUGAUGAGAUUGGUCAUCUUUAUAACUUGGAGUCUUUAAGCAUGGCCACAAAUAAGUUAACAGGCUCAAUCCCUUUAACCAUAUUCAACGUUUCAUCACUUCAAGAUUUACGUAUGACUGAUAACAAGAUUGAAGGAUCUCUACCAAGAGAAGUUGAAAAUUUGACUAUGCUUAAUGUACUUUAUCUUGAAAUGAAUCGCCUGGAAGGAGUAAUUCCAGAUGAAGUUGGUAACCUUGAACAGUUGCUGGACCUUUGGUUGUCUUUCCAUAAGUUUAGUGGGUCGAUCCCUAUUGGUAUCUUCAAUAUCUCAAAUCUUGUAUAUAUUUCACUCACAGGGAACCACAUUUCAGGUGGUCUUCCUUCCACUAUAGGCCAUGGGUUACCUAAUGUUCAAGAAUUACUUCUAGGAAGAAACAAUAUCAAUGGUGUCUUACCUGCUUCCAUCUCAAAUUUGACGAAACUUACCUAUCUAAAUCUCGGUGAAAAUGAACUUACAUGUCCAAUUCCUGAAUCUAUAGGAAAAUUAAGAUUUCUUCAAAAACUUCGAUUGAACAAUAACUCCUUCACAAGUGAAUUAACCUUUAUUACUCCAUUGGUCAAUUCUAAACAAUUUAGACUUCUAAUAUUGUCUUUGAAUCCCCUAAAUGCAAUGCUUCCAAAAUCCAUCAGCAACCUUUCGUCUCUUGAAAUGUUUUAUGCAGAAGGUUGUCACCUCAAGGGCUAUCUUCCAAAUGAAAUCAGGAAUUUGAGAAAUCAAUAUUCUUUGAAAGAUAAUGACUUUACUGGAAUUAUCCCUACGACAGUAAGUUCUUUGGAAAAGCUUCAACAGCUUUCACUUGGUGCAAACAGAAUAAGUGGUCCUUUCCCUGUUGCUUUAUGUGACCUACCCAAAGUAUUCCCAAAAGUUGGAAACCUCAAGGCUGCAAUACUUCUAGAUCUUUCCUGGAACCAAAUCUCGGGCAACAUUCCAAGUACAUUGGGAGGACUACAAAAAUUGAUUCAACUAUCUUUGGCUCAUAACAGAAUUGAAGGAUCUAUUCCUGAGACAUUUGGGAAACUCAUAGAUUUGGAAACAUUGGAUCUUUCAUAUAACAAUAUGUCUGGUGUUACAUUCAUGUCGAAUGAAGGAUUGUGUGGUAACCCUCAAAAGCAUACCCCAGCUUGUCCUUCUAAUUCAAAGAAUCAGUCCAAGUUGAAGAAACGAAGACUGAUAUGGAUUAUAGUUGCCACUUCAGUUAUAUCUGUAAUAGGGAUUGCUUCAGCAAUAGUUUUCGUGUUGAUAAGACGACGGGGUAAAACAAUCAAAGCUGAAGAUGAGUGGUCGCCUGAGGUAGCACCACAAAGAUUUUCUUACUAUGAACUUCAAAGAGCAACUCAGAGUUUUGAUGAAAAUAACUUGCUAGGUAGUGGAAGUUUUGGUUCUGUUUAUAAAGGGACGUUGGAAGAUGGGAUGAUUGUAGCUGUUAAAGUUUUCAAUGUGCAGAUGGAAGUACCUGUUAUUCACUGUGAUCUGAAGCCUAGCAACGUGUUACUUGACAACAACAUAGUGGGACACCUGACUGACUUUGGCAUUGCAAAACUUCUAACCAAGGAAGAGUCUAUUGGUCACACUACAACCUUUGCCACAAUUGAGUAUGGCUUAGAAGGCCUUAUAUCCAAGAGGUCUGAUGUUUAUAGUUAUGGUAUCAUGUUGCUUGAAACAUUUACAAAGAAGAAACCUAAUGAUGAAAUGUUCGUGGGGGAUUUGAAUUUGAGAAGCUACGUGCAUAAUUUCACUUCAUCAUGA